GUUUUCGUCCAAGUUUGCGUUUGGUGAGCGCGCGCUAUUCGAUAGCUUUUGCUCCAAUAUCGAAUAAUAUUCUAUUGUAUACCGGGUUCCAUUAUUACUAGACGCUGCCGCGUACACGAUGAACCUACUUCAGUAUCUUUUUAACUUUCAAACAUUUAAUGCCAUGAACAAAAUUAGUUUUGUCGUUAUUUAAGGGGUCAUAGCUAUAUAGAAAAAACUAUGACUAGGAAGCUACACAAAUUUAAACCUACUGUGUUUUGUGUAGUAUAGUGCAAUUUUUAUUAAUAUGGAGGCAACUUUUAUGACCAACGGCGAUAGACGAUUACCUUCAAACUACCGGUCCAGAAGGAAGCUCAGCAUCCCGGUGGCACUAUCUCCCAACUCUAACCUGGACCAGAUCGCUCUUAGGAGACGGUUCAGUAAUGUUGGAGACGCCGUCACGAGAAAAUUGUCCACCACGAUUGGAUGGAGGGGUAUGGGGAGCGGAAAGCCCCCCGAAGAAGUUAUAGCCAUUGGGAGGGCGAUGUGUACCUUGUAUGUCAGGAGUAGACUAAAGAGGGCGGGAGUGUUCAAUAGGAAAUUGGGGUUGACCAGGGUCAGGAGUGCCGUGGGGACGCUUACAGGGUGUGGCCCUGUAGUUCGCGAAGUAUUUCCCUGCUUGUCCUGCGCCUGCAACGAGCUAGAACGGACAUUCCCCCGACUGUACAGCAACAUCACGAGGCACACGGGGCCGGCACUCGGAGGCGGCAUCAGCGGGAUAGUUUUGGCUUUCGGCCACCACAUACUGAGGUCGCAACCAACCUGGGGGAAAAUAGUUGCGGUGUACAGCGUAGCGGGGGGCUUAGCUGUGGAUUGCGUGAGGCAGGGGCACCAGGACGAUUUGCAUCUUCUGCUGGAGGACAUGACUGAGUUGUUGGAGGACAAAAUGGCCAUUUGGGUCCACGCAAAUGGGGGAUGGUCUGGACUUACAUCCAUGUGCUUGGACCAAGAUCAAGAAAUAUCAGUGGUUGAAUAUUUAGCAAUAUUCGGACUGGUCGGAGCUAUAUUACUGGUUGCCUACUUCGUAGUUCGUUUUUUCGUAUCAUUUAGUUUAUUGUAAUUUAUUUUUCUUAAUUAUAUUUAUUAAAA